AGUCUUCAAGGUCAGUGUGGUAAUUUUAAGUUGUCUGCUCCCUAAGAUCAAUCUUUCAGGCGAAGCUUAAUCACAGUUGCUGGCUUACAGUUACUAUGAAGCUGUUUUUGCACAACAUACUUACAUCUCGUGUUUUAAAGUCAGUGAAAGUGGGAUAUCCACUGAAAUUAAAGGCCAGUGCACUAAAAGUAUCAACAGUUGAUUAUGAUCCUGCAUCAGUUGCUCGUUUGAUUCCGAAAGUUGAAUGGUCUGUUGUGAAAUCAGUAGCAGAUGAGAUUGGUGAAGAAUACAUUCCUUGUUUGCCAGCGGAAAUUCCAUCAAAUUAUUCAGAAAAUGAAGAAUUCUUAAAAUUAGCACACCGAGCACUUCUGGAGAUCGAUGUUAUGGAGGGUGCACUGGUUUGUCCAGAAACUGGUCGCGAAUUUCCCAUCUCAAAUGGAAUUCCAAACAUGUUGGUUAACGAGGGUGAAUAGGCCUCCGGACAUUUUUUCCUUGUAAAUUUAUUCUUCAUAAUAAACAUUAUCUCACCUUUC